GUUAUUGAUUCUGCCAUUUUAACGGUUCAGAGAAAGGAAGAUGGCAGCCUUUUCAAGCAUUCUUGUUAUUUAUCUCCUGGUCUCCUUCUGCAGUGCGCAAAAUACAGUGUUCCUGUCUGAUAAAUCUGCAAGCAGCAUUCUGGUGAGACAAAAGAGGUAUAACACAGGCCGUCUGGAAGAGUUUGUGGCUGACAACCUUGAACGGGAAUGUCUAGAAGAAAAGUGCAACUAUGAGGAAGCAAGAGAAGUUUUUGAAAAUGAUGGCAAAACUAAAGAAUUCUGGAAGCAAUAUAUAGAUGGAGAUCAAUGUUUAUCAAAUCCCUGUUUAAAUGGAGGUGCUUGCAAAGAUGAUGUUAGUGCUUAUGUGUGCUGGUGUCAGCAAGGAUACAGUGGAAAGAACUGCGAGCUAGCGCUGCCUGUAAUUUGUUCAAUUAUGAACGGAGGAUGUGACCACCUGUGCAGGAAUGAUCCUGUUAAGAAAGUGGUCUGCUCCUGCGCCAGUGGAUACAAACUAGUAGAAAAUGGCAAGACCUGUGAGGCUUCUGUGCCAUAUGCAUGUGGAAAAGUUAGCGCACCUGAAGCCCUGCCGAAGCAAGAGACCCGCUCAUUUCUGGAUUCUAUAGAGAUUCCCAAUGUAACCAGCAUUGAUCAUCAUAAUAUCACACAUCCAGAAAAAAACAAGGAAGACAUUGUGCCUGUAACUGUUGAUCCAUUUGUCAGAGUUGUUGGUGGAACUAACAGUCUAAAGGGUGAAUUCCCUUGGCAGGUUCACUUGGUUAAUAAAGAUAAUAUCGGGUUCUGCGGUGGAUCAAUUAUAAAUGAGAAGUGGAUUGUAACGGCGGCCCACUGUUUUCUUGAGAUCGGUGAAUUCAAAGUAGUAGCAGGAGAACACAAGACUGAUGUCUCUGAGGGAACGGAACAAUACCGCAAAGCAAAAAUCAUCCUUCAUCCCACUUACAAUGCCACAAAGAGCAAAUACAACAACGACAUUGCACUCCUAGAGCUGGAAACACCGCUGGAGCUCAAUGACUAUGUGAGGCCUGUUUGUAUUGGUAACAUGGAUUUCACAGACAAAUUGCUGAAAAGAAAUGCUUUCAGUAUGGUGUCUGGGUGGGGAGAUCUUAGGUAUAAUGGGAGGUCAGCCAUAAUUCUUCAGAAGUUGGCUGUGCCAUUUGUUAACCGUGCUGCAUGCAAGAGAUCAAGCCGAUUUUCUGUUUAUGCCAAUAUGUUCUGUGCUGGAUAUGCAGAUGAGGCUAAGGAUACAUGUGAGGGGGACAGCGGUGGACCCCAUGUUACCCAACAUAAAGACCUAUGGUUCCUAACUGGAAUAACCAGCUGGGGAGAAAAGUGUGCACAAAAAGAUAAAUAUGGAUUUUACACUAAGGUUUCCGGAUUCACUGACUGGAUACAGACUACAACGAAGAUCGGUUAAUACUGUGGGAUAAAGCUUUCUAUUAUUUUUUAUGAGACAAAUAAGGAUUGCUUGCCAUCCAAUCACAGUGAAUUAAGUCCCUUCUGGAAUGUCUUUAAUACUGAAAAAUAAAGAAAUCAAUUGGGUCAUGAGGCCAACGAAGAGCUUUUAUUAAAUGAAAAAGACAUUAUCUGCACGUGGUCACUGGGCUCUGAGAAAUGAAUCAAAUGAAAUAAAUCUCCUGUUUUUUGUGGCAGAUCUUUCACCUGAGCCAAGGGGAACUUUAACAUGGGUGUCUCAGCUGGGUGAAAUAUGUGUGAUAUACUGUAUAGUAUGUGCUUACUUAGCAGCACAUGAUACACCUAUAUUACUCCCCAAACACUAUAUCCUCUUAAUAUUAAUAUUGAUAGUAUACUUCUGUUUUACUUAGUCAAACCCCUCCCUGACCCAAGUCUGAAAGGGAUGUUUAUAUUUCAUAGUGCACUGUGCAGAUAUACAUUCCAUUGCAAUGGAAUAUAUUAUAAAAUCUUAGAAGCAGCAAAUAAAGUGUAUCCAUCAUGAGA